AUGACCGAGAACUGUGAGUGGAACCAUAUCGCCGGCCAUGAGAAUCCUGCUGAUAUAAUUUCGAGAGGAUUGCCAGCGGCGGACCUUAUUCAGUCUCAACAAUGGUGGCAAGGGCCUCCAUGGUUUCAAAACGACAAGGAAACAUGGCCAGUUCAAGUCAGCGAAGGGAUCGAUCAAGAAGCAACAAAGGAAGCUAGGAAGACUGCACUAGCUACAACUUCACCAUUGCCAACAUUCGUUGAAGAAUACGUCGGACGAUUCUCCAACUACCAAAACAUGCUACGGAUCACUGCUUAUUGGCGACGAUAUUUCAGCAACUUGCGCCUACCUAAAACCAAACGAAUUGUCCUCUCGCCACUCUCCACCGCCGAGAUUCGUGGCGCCGAAUUGGCUCUCAUUCGACUGGUACAGAAAGACUCCUUUCCGGUGGAAUUGAAGGCUGUCAGGGCAAAGCAGGCCAUCUCAUCUCACUCCAGACUUCGUUGGUUUCAUCCAAUCAUCGACAAGGACAACAUUCUCCGCAUCGGCGGACGCCUCGAUCGUUCAGUGCAACCUUUCGACUCCCGCCAUCAGAUUUUGCUCCCAGGAUCACACCCAUUCACGGAACUCCUUGUUCGGAGUCAGCAUGAACGUCUUCUUCACGCAGCAGCUCAGCUUCUUACCAAUACCCUUCGGCUGCGAUUUUGGAUUUUAGGAGGCAGAAACGUUUCUCGACGAAUCGUUCACAAAUGCGUCACGUGUUUCCGAGCAAAGCCGAAAGCCAUUCAACAAUUCAUGGCCGAACUUCCAUCGCAACGCGUCACUGCUUCGCGUCCGUUCUCCAUCGUUGGGAUCGACUUUUGGGGGCCGAUCUAUCUCAAGCCACGCCAUCGCCGAGAUGCACCACCGAAGGCAUAUGUUUCCGUAUUCGUGUGCUUCAGCACAAAAGCCGUCCACUUAGAGCUGGUAGUGGACCUCAGUACGGCCAAGUUUCUCCAAGCCUUUCGUCGCUUCGUUUCUCGUCGUGGUCUGUGCUCAGAUGUUUACACCGACAACGGCAAGAAUUUCGUCGGUUCGGCCAAUGAACUGCGGAAACUGUUGCGCGCCGAAGAGUUCCGGCAUGCCAUCGCCAGUGAAUGUGCAAGUUCUGGUAUUCGAUGGCACUUCAAUCCUCCUCGUGGCUCUCAUUUCGGAGGACUCUGGGAAGCGGCAAUCAAGUCGGCGCAAAAACAUUUUGUUAGAGUGUUGGGAGACCGGAAACUAGCUUUCGACGACAUGGAGACGCUUUUGGUCCAAAUUGAAGGGUGUCUGAAUUCUCGCCCGCUAACAAAGCUAUCAGAUGACCCGUCGGAUCUCCAUGCGUUAACUCCUGGCCACUUCCUCGUCGGAACUUCGCUACAGUCGGUCCCAGACGUCGAUUACGAAUCAACUCCAAUGAACCGCCUCCACCAAUGGCAGCAGAUCCAGAAGAUGCUUCAGGACGUCUGGAAACGCUGGCAUGUAGAAUACCUGCAAAUGCUGCAACCCCGCAGUAAAUGGAUCAAACCACCUGUCGAACUGAAAGAGAACCAAGUAGUUGUCAUCGUAGACGAAAAUCAACCACCAAUGCGCUGGCCUUUAGCUCGAAUCCAUGAGCUACAUCCCGGAAGAGACGGUGUCGUCCGCGUCGUUACGCUGCAGACCGGCUCCGGCCGGCUUACCCGCCCCGUAGCCAAGAUUUGUGUACUGCCAGUUCUAGCACCCAAUGAUGAAGAAUCUUCCUCUACCAACGAAACGUCUUCACAAUCUGCGUUGGACACCUUGUCUUCAGCAAGCCGAUCUACGUAG